AACCACUUCCUUCGCGCAUUCUAAAAGUUCCCGACUGCCACUAACUCAUUCGUCUUUCCUCUCCCCAUCCUGGUUUGAAUUCCAAAUUCCAUUCUGGGUGCGAAGACAGUAACGGACAUGUCUCGCUUUUAACACUCACAAGCAUUUGUGACUCUGGGAGAAGAGUGUACGUUGCAUCAGCUGCAUAGCUGCCUUGAGUCACUGCAUUCAGUUACCCAAGGAAACGACAUGGCCCUAGUAACUACUCGACUAGAACUUCUUGCAGUCUGCAGCCAGCUGAAAGAGAGCGUAUGGUGUGUGGAUGAGCAUAUGAAACACUGCUUCACAUCAACUCAGAGGAAAGUUUUCAAUCACGUGGUUGCGGGAGCCAGGCAGUUCCUCCUAGAACUUUGUGUCCCGGGACUCAUUCAAGAAGGCUAUUUAAAGCAUGCUCCUUGCUAUAGAAACGUGACUUUAUCUGAAAACAAGUGUGCGCCUCUGUAUCGACAUUUAAUUGAGCUGUCAGAGAAUGUGGAUGAGAAAAGAAAUGUCGAUGAUGGACUCAGAAAAUCUUGUUGCGCUUUCAACGACUUCGUGCUCUGUAAGCUUAUUCAUGUCAGCCGAGAUUGUGGACAAGAGGCAGCUGACUAUCUACAACAACAUUUGGAUCGCAUAUCCAGUCCGUUGAUCCAUGAACAUUGUGCCCACUACACCUAUGCUGAGAAUUCUUGUUCAACGUCAACUUCUCACUCAACCCCUACCUCUUUCACUUCUCCUUUGACACUAAUGACCAUUGCUGUUGGGUGCUUAUUUGAACACUGGAUGAUUCCGCACUGAAAGACUUCUUGCAAGUUCUAAUAUUUAAGAUAUACAUUAAUUUAAGAAACUGUUCUGCACAGACCCGAAUCGUGGUAAAUAGGAUUUGCCAGUCUUUUGAAAAUGUCUUCUCUUCAAUGAGGAAACACACCAUGUGUUGCACAUUGUCGCGCUAAGACGAAUAGUUUUAUCGGGUACAUCUUCUUAAAGUAUGCUACUGCUCAAAAUGUAAGCAACAAAACGAUCGAAUUUCGGGAAUAAAUUUGUCAACUAUACCGAAAACAGAAAAAUAUUAAGUAAAAGGAAAAUGCUCGGAUUGUAGAAUUUUUAUUCUGAUAGGCUAAAUGAAAUGAAAUAUUCGAACAUUAUGCUUUCUAAAUAGACGACAGUGAACAGAAUACCAAGUUUCAUGACGACUGCCCUUGUGUACCAAUACUUUAAUCACAUUUUAUAGUAGUAUUUCCCAUUUUUAAAAAACUCUUAUCGAAACUUCAGAAAAAUAUGUAGCGAGAGAUUGUGACUUGAAGUCAUUUUCCUAAUAUUUCUGAUACAAUUUUUAUCUUAUAUAUAUAAAAGUCACUUAAGAUCUUUGUUGUGCGGUACCCGGCACCAAGUUUUCUCUUAUUAAAGUAGUCGAAAAUCAUUCUAGAGAUUAAAUUGGGAUUAUUCAAUAAAAAUGAAACUACCUACAUUGAUUUGCGAUCCAUAUCAAAAGCAUCAAUAAUCAUUCUGGAGAUUAUAUUGUGACUUGUUAGUAAAAAAGGAAUUAAUGCCAUUGAUAUAAGUUUCAUUUUUGAGAACGGGUAAUAGGCAUAAACACUUGGCCUACCUGCUACAAUGCUUUCUUGUAAAGGCUACGAGACAUGGAUAGCGCUUAUUUUGUUUUCAACGGAUACUUGCAGCUUAAUGCAUUCAUCGUGAGUGGCGAAUAUCAAUCGGUCAUUUAGCUUUCUCAUCUCCGCAAAGGUUGCCAGGAUGCACCACAAGACGACUGUCUCCUCUUUCCCUUCCACCAAACCUCUCGAGAGCUUCCCUUACUAUCCCUCUUCUCCUACCACACAAUAUCCGCCUCUGUUUGAUCAGUAUUUUAUUAUUUAGUACAUUAUGCACUUACGAACAUCUGAGCUUUCUCUGGGAUUCGAGCCCAUCCUCAAUGAUACAGCAGACAGUAGCGCUAACCACUAUGCCGAUCAAAGCGGAUAGACACUGAUAGUUGACAUACCAGUCUUCCUGAAGGAGACGAAAAUUUAAGAGUCAUUUGUCAGCCUGUCUGUAAAUUACGAUGUCUUUUAAGUCGGAAAGCCAUUGUGUAAGAUUUCAUCGCCCUUUGUGGUGCGGAUCCGUGUCUUCUGAAAGUGAAUUGAAUCUUCUGACAGCGAUUUCAAAUCUGCGUAUGAAAUUACGCUGGUCAUUGCCUUGUUUUACCAUAUCUGCUAGCUUCCAACCACUUCUAAAUUUCCUGCAACCCUCUAUCACAUUUCAUAAUACAAAUGGCUACCUUCCAUUUUUCUGAUAUUCACAUUUCGCGACUUUAAGGGGAAAUCAAUUUCUAAAUACGCUUCGCUUGGCUUCGACUACGGAAAUAUUUAUUCAAAUCAUUGCAUAUUUGAAAUCACUAUUGCAUUUUAAAUUACUAUGAAAGCUUAAAAUCUGAAUAUUAAAUCUGAACUAGCAAUUUUUCAUUUGUUGCUGGUUUUUGAGCAGUAAGUAUUCUAAAAAUAAUUAUUUGAAGAUGAAGAAAGUCUAAAAACGCCUGAAGUCAAUGAAGAAUGCGACAUAAACAAACAGUUGACUCAACACAAUUUUCUAAUACUGGAGAAAUGUUAACACAGCAAGCAUCUUAUAAAUCUGAAACAACCUGAAAUCUGAAACAACCUGAAAGCUCAACCUGAAAUUUUGAGCUUUCUAAAUUUUAAAUAUCUGGAGGGGGGAAAAACAUGAAGUAGUGCAAAGUAGCAUUCAAUUAAAGAUCCGAUCAUCAAAUGCAAAUUAAAAGAUUAUUUUAUUCUACUACCUCAAAACCAUGCAUUUUAAAAACAGUAAGGUUAGUAUUUUUAUCAGAUAAGAAGGACGAAUGAGCAUAAACAUCCUUUUGAAUUGAUUACAUGAGGGACUUCUGUAACAUGCAAUAUAUACUUCCAGCAAAGAUUUACAAAUAUUAAAAUAACAAAUAUUAUACGAAAUUAACAACUAAAUAAUUUAUUAUAUUAAUUUUUAUCUUAUAAAAUUUCCUGAUAAAUAAUCAAAAAUUAACUUCGAUAUUCUUUAAUAUAAAAUUAAAAAUUUUGCCGUUUAUUCAGAGCAAGUUAAUGUAUAAAAAUAUUGUAGUUGCUAAAGUAAAGAUAUAAUAAAUGUGAGAUCUUUGCUAGGCAUGAAAUCUAAAUAUUGUGCUGCAGAGUUAUGAGGUUUUUCUUGAUGUCAGGAAACAUGAAAAAUGUGCAAUGCUGUCGCCGCGACUCAAACACUGGACCUUUCGUAUACGCGUCGAGUAUGCGUCCAUUUCUGAAGGCAUACGGAAAGGAGGGAGAAAAUACCUUAGAGUGCAAUUAUGAUUGCACGAUUAUGUUUUGGAUUUUGAAAUGAGAAAUUAUCAACUCGUUAUAUGUGCAAUAGAUUAAUACAAAUAUUCUAAAGAGAAAUUGUCGCCUUUUUUAUUUAAUAAAUUAAACAGAUGAAAUUAUUA